UCUCAUCCAUGUCUUCAACACGUUGCAUGCUAACAGUAAAGCCGUUGGCACGAUCGCUAACAAACAGCCGUGCCCAGCAUUGGUCAGUCCCUUUCUUCCACGCGCGUACACAGCAAAUGGCCACAGCGGCAGCGGGUGAAACAGCAGCCAAGAUGGUUGCAAUCCAAGUUGCGGACGUGGGCGGGCCUGAAAAACUGACGCUGGCCGUUGACGUCCCGUUGCCUGUGCCGGGAGAGCACAUGGUCCUUGUCCGUAACAAAAUCGCGGGAGUCAAUUUCAUUGACACAUACCAUAGGAGUGGUCUGUACCCAAUCUCCGGCUCUCCAUUUACUCCCGGCGUGGAGGGCGCGGGUGAGGUGGUGGCAGUGGGCCCAGGAGUUCAAGGGCUGCAGCCCGGAGUCCAGGUGUCGUACAUCACGAGGCCCCCAGGCGGUUCGUACGCGCAGUACACCGCCGUACAUGAUUCCAAAAUAGCUCGCAUUCCUGAGGGCAUCAGCCAUGAGGUUGCAGCUGCGUCCAUGAUCCAGGGUAUGACCGCCCACUGCCUGGUCCACCAGGCCUACCCGGUGCAGCGGGGGGACUGGGUGCUGGUGACGGCGGCGGCGGGGGGCACCGGCAGGCUCAUUGCGCAGCUGGCGGCGGCAGCAGGCGCCACCGUCAUCGGCACCGCCUCCACCCCUGACAAGGCCGAGGUGGCUCGGCAGGCGGGGUGCGCCCACGUGGUCCUGUACGAGCAACAGCAGGACCUAGCGGCGGAGGUGAUGCGGCUCACGGCGGGUCGCGGCGUGCAAGCGGUGUACGACGGAGUGGGACGAGCCACCUUUGACGCCGCGCUGUCAUGCGUGGCGCGGCUGGGAUACAUGAUUUCUUUCGGAAACGCCUCGGGGAAGGUGCCUGAUUUGGACAUCCUGCGCCUCACCCGCAACAACGUGCGGCUGAUGCGGCCGGCGCUGUGGGACUUCAUCACCACCAAGGAGGAGUUCGAGUCGGUGUCCUCCCAGACGCUGGCGGCGGUCGCUGAGGGGAAGCUCAAGGUGCUGGUGGGCGGGCGCUACCUGCUGUCAGCCGCCGCGCAGGCGCACCGGGACCUGGAGGGGCGCGCCACCACCGGCAAGCUGGUGCUGCAGGUGCCGUAGACGCGGGGGAGCAGGAGGCAGGAGAGCGGGACAAGAAGAAGGAGAAGAAGGAACCGAAGGAGCUCUCCGAUGGGUUCCCCAUUCCGCCGCUGCCUCCGACCCAACUACGUAUGGCGGUGGUAGACAGGCGGGUGGCAGGCAGGAGACAGGCAGGAGACAGGCAGGAUGCAGGCAGGGGGAUCCUGGAGUUGACUGUGCCGCAUCUUGUCGUUCUCGUUGCGGUUGUGUUGAGAGCGGUUGUGUUGAGAGCGGUUUUGUUGUGUUGUGAGCCCACUGUGCAGCCACUGUGUAGGAUCACGGUGCCGCAUUCAAGCAGCUGAGCCUGUGUGUGUGUUGCCGUAAAUGGCGUGUAGAUGCGAGGGACCGGCAGAGGUGUUUGGGGUCACCAUGAUCUAGGGUUCGCUGUCAGGCUGUCUGGGAUGGGGACGAGGGUGCAUUCCCAGGGAGUGUGCGAGCGAGGGCUGUUUGGUAGGGUUGUCUAGGGUUGCUGGUGGAGGGGUCUGCUGGCUGCUGGCUGCAAGAGGUUUUUACACGGCAGGCACACGAAUUGUGUUGGGAAUUUGGCCGGGGUGGAGGGCGCCGAAUGCCGCCCUCACGCUGUAGUUGGUAGGUAGGUGGUUGACCGGUAUGUUGUGCAGCGGUUGUGCAGCGGUUGUCAGUUGGCACAGUUCGUUAGGUGCCCUUGUCGUGCAAGUAGGUGCAUAUUGCUGCC